AUGCUGUCCCCACUUUUGCGCGUUGCGGAGAUUCAGUCUUGGCGGUGGUGUGCCAGAAAUUUUUUUGUUUCCUCCCAUCGCGAUAAGAAACUUGAUCCAACAAUCAGCGCAGCACCUCCCGCACAGUCCUCUUAUAUAUCGACGAAUCUCGACCUCUCUCGGCUUGAGCUGCCGUUGACGAACGAAAAGAAAAUAACGCCAUUAUCCUUAUCCCAAAUCGAUGAUUGUAUAAUCGCAACGGCCGACGACGAACGCUCCCCGACUGAGAGCGAGUCUACCUCUCUACCUACCUCCUACAACAUCCACAACGCAAUUUCAAUCACCAAAAUGACCACAAUAUCCACCGCCCCGCAAAAGAAAAUCGACCCGUACGCCUACCUAAUACGCCACGGUUGGUCUGGCACAGGCAACCCGCUAAACCCGGACCGCGCAGGGGGCUCACGCGGCGGGCUGGGCCUCACGAAACCGAUCCUUGUCGCGCGACGGAGCGGGAACCAGGGCGUUGGCAAGAAGACGACGAAGGACCCGACGAAUCAGUGGUGGCUGCGGGGCUUCGAGGAUGCGCUCAAGGGGGUUGGCACGGAUGCCGCUGCUAACGCAGCAAGUGGGAGUACGGCGGGGAAGGCGAAUGCAUUGACGAGUGAGCUUUAUCGGUUUUUUGUUAGGGGGGAGGUUAUUCGGGGGACGUUGGGGGAUGAUGUUAACAAGGGUGACGUCGUGGAUAAGGCGAAGACGAAGAAGAGGAAGAGGGACGAAGGUGAUGAGGGGGUGAGGGAGACGAAAGAGGAGAAGCGCAAGCGGAAGGAGGAAAAGAGAGCGAGAAAGGCGGAGAAGGAGGCGAGGAGAGAGGCUAGGAGGGUAAAGAAAGAGGAGAAGAGGGCGAAAAAGGAGAAGAAGGCCUUGAGGGCUCUGGCGAAGAAACGUCCUGAGGAAGAUUAUCCCACGCCGGUGUCGAUGGAUCUGGAUCCAGCGGAUAAUGGGCAGGGGGCGGAGAUGCCUUUGGAUUUGGAGAAGUUGGCAAAGCUGAAGAAGAAGGAAAAGAAGGAAAAGAAAAAGGAUAAAGAAGGCAAGAAAGUGAAGAGCAGAAAGCAGGACUCUUCUUCGUCAGACGAGACCUCGAAGCGGAAAUCAAAAAAGAGCAAAACGAGCUAA